ACCUCAUCCAAAUUAAACAAACAGAAAAUCAAGACCCAUAACCACACAUUCCUUUUCAUUCCCGGAAUUCUCUCUUUGGAGAGAUUACAGAAUCAUGGCAAGUUUUGGAACGACCCAGAGAAUUCCAAACUCAUCAGAACCACCUUCUUCUUCAUCUACCGAGGAGCCCUAUGAACCAAAAGCAUCCCAUGAAAAGCAGUUCAGAGAAUUCAACUUUUACUGUCCUCUCAACAUUCCAUUAACCCCAGAAGCUGCAGCUCUUCGGAUCAUCAGAAACUUGGGCAAUUUAGGGUUAUAUUACACACUUUUUGUGUGGAUCAUACUCUUCAUAACCCUGAUCCCUCAAAGAAAAGUUUCCUUGAUUCUUCUGGUUAUCAUGAGCUAUGUUACAACGUUGUACUUGCUACUAUUAAAGGCAUACCCUAAUUCUUACCUCCUUCACAGAGUUUUAGACAAAAGGUUUGUUUUGGCUUUACUUGCAAUUGCGACUAUGGUUCAACUUAUUGUAACAAGCGCAGGGAUUCAUCUGGGUGUGACUUUAGCAUGUUCUGUGCCUAUUGUUUUGCUUCAUGCUGUUUUGUGGAUUAGUCAUCAAGAGAUUAUUUCUGAGAACUGUUUUGAGGCUUCUGGUGUUGCAGAACUUGCUCUUCUUUCUGAUAGAAUAAAAAAUGGAGGAGAGGGCCCAGAUAUGGCGUGAUUUUUUCUAUAUACAUGGAUACUUUUCUAAUGUUUAUGUUGGUUUUGAAUUUUGAGUAAUAAAUUGAAUACUCAGAUUCUCCUCUGAGCAGCUUGUACUUGUAUUGAAGUGAUGGAGUUAAUUUGUUAUUGUUAAGAAUAUUGGACGCAUGAUUUCACUGCUGUGAUUAACAAUUGAA